AUGCUUAUAUUAUUUAUUGAGACUGUACACAGUCAGACAACAACAGCAAACAUUGCACGAAGGAAAUUGAUUCCAUUUGGUCCUGAACAUGGUGAUGCAACGUUGGUUCGUGGUGAUGAUCAAAUCUCUGAUCCAAUAAAUAUUCCUAUACGUUUUCCAUUCUUCAAUCAUAAAUAUGAUGAAAUCAAAAUUCAAAUCAACGGUAUGAUUUUAUUUGGCAAUCAAUCCUAUCAGAGUCUUAGUUAUACACCAAGACGUUUUCCUGUUGAUGGGAUCAUUUGCGUUGCACCAUUUUGGGCUGAUGUUCUCACAAGAGAUGACUCAACCGGCAAUAUUUUCUAUCGUCAAAUUACAGAUCAAUCAACUCUGAGUGAACUUGACCAAAUUGUGGCAAAUGCGUUUCCUGGACAAGCUACACAUCGAUUCAUCUGGGCUUAUGUUGUUACAUGGUAUGAAGUACCUGGUUAUGGUCUAUCUUCGCUGUAUCGCAAUACGUUUCAAGCAAUUAUAACUACAAAUGGAAUAAACUCAUUUUCUAUUUAUAACUACGAUAAGCUACAAUGGACGGUUGGUUCAGCGUCAUCAUCUGUUCAUGCCCAGGCUGGAUUCAAUGCUGGCGACAUGAAAAAUUAUUUUCUCAUUGACAAAUCAUUUACACCACAAGUAGUCCAACUUGUCGACAAUUCAAAUAUUCAAUUUCCCGGUCGAUUUAUAUUUUCAAUUAGUGGUGAUAUUGCUGAUGUUGAAUGUAAUACACCUGAUGGACUACAAGUUGCACCAUUUCGGGGUCCACCAGAAGGUGGCUACGAAAUACGAUUAUAUGUUGUACUGCAACAUUCACGUAUAUUACAUGUAUGA